CCACGAUAUAGUCUAGUCAUAUUAAGUGCUUCAUAAACGAAUGGUUCCACCAGUGAUUCUUUUUGUUAUCACUCGGUUUCUUCUCAGGCUUCAUCUCUGCCAGUGGUAUGGCAUCCCAACCAAUUUUCCCAAUCGAUGAAGCGCAGUUGACGAGCGUGAUCACUGAAGGGAUAUUUUAUGGGAAUCAACCUCGUCACUUUCUUUGCAUGUAUCCACGAUCUCCUCAUUUCGAGUUACCAGAAUCAGAGUCUCCACACAUUCGUACUCAAACCCCGUAAAGAAAUCCACAUCAACAUGCUAUUCGGCGCACUGUGUCUCCUGUCCUUCGCCACACUCGAUUUAGCCGCUGGGAUCCGACUCAACCUGAGGGUCUUUCUCUCCCUACGAGGUAACACCGUGGAGGAUUUCGGGAAUAUAUCAUAUUGGGUGAACGUCCUCAAGAUGGUGAGCUUCGUGGGUCAAAUAUUUACGGGGGAUAGUAUCCUGUUGUAUAGAUGUUGGGUGAUAUACGGAAGAAAUUACUGGGUCAUUGCCGCUCCCGCUACUAUGCUAGCUGCCGAGCUGGUUUGUGGAUGCUUCGAAAUCUACACCGAAUUCGCCUUCGGGAGUGGUACGUCCCUUAUAGUUUCCAAACCAUUUGCACCGUAUAUCAUUACGGUCAUCGUGUUGACGGUAUUUGUGAAUAUCUCUGUGACAUCUCUGAUGAUCUGGCGCAUAUGGUCUAUCAUCCACGACACCCAAAAACUCUCUCCCUCUCGUACGCGGUGCGGCCCCUUAUCUGGCGCUCUCUGUAUCCUGCUCGAUUCCGGGUUAAUGUACACAAGCUCUGCGCUGAUCAUGUUGGUCACAUACGUCGUGUCCAACAACGCAAGUUAUCUGGUCUCUGAUUGCUUGGUGCAGAUCAUUGGAAUCACCUUCAAUCUGAUAAUCAUCCGUGUUGGACGUGGUACCGCUACGCAACCGCUUGUCGUAUCAGAAAAGACGCUUUCGAUGCGCGUUCCAGAACAAUAUUCACUGCAUUUCAGAGACUUCGAUGAUGACCGUCAAUCGAGAAGCUUCGACCCAAGUCUCUCGAUUACUGCAGUUGAUACGAGACUUUGUGAAACUGAAGGGAUUGACCUGGCAGUGUCGCCUGUCGAUGACUGUGUGGGGGAAUUGACACCUCCGCCAAAGAUUCACUCCGCCUCACUACUGUUAGACUCAUCCUAGAUGGAUGGCUUUCCUCGAAGAACAUGAUAUUCUAGAUUCUUCGUAGCCUGCUCAUAUCGUAAUGUACUCUACAUCGUUUGUAUUAGUCAUAUGUUAGAGCUUCUAGUACCAUCAUGCAUAUAUACACCUGUAAUAUUCUUCAUGACAGAAUCUGGUCCGUAUGCUUC